ACAAAGUUUCUAGUUGAAUCGGAUAAGGAUAUGCAGAGCGGCAAUAACUUAAAUGAAGCUGGGCUGGUCUUAUCGAAAAAAAGUAAACAACUCAAUCUUGCUCAUACAAGACCUAAAAACGUAAAGAAAACAAACAAAGUAAAAUCCGAGGUGAAAACAAAAAAGAAAGUCAAGGACAUGUCUGAGCCGGUGAAGUGUGAAGAAUGUGGGAAAAUAAUGAAGAGAAGCUCAUUAAAAAAACAUAAGCAACGUCAUAAACCAAAAACUUUUCUUUGUCAGGCCUGCCCAAACACAUUUAAGGAGUCAUGUGCCCUAAAAAAUCAUGAGCUCUGUCACAAUGAGAAUCGGGAAAGAUUUCCGUGCGACAUCUGUAACCAAAGCUUUUUAACUCCGUAUACAUACAAAAAACACAGGCUAACGCACGAAACCAACCGCAAACCAAUAUAUCAAUGUGCUCAGUGUGAAAAAUCAUUUCUUCAUAAAAAUGGUCUAACAAUCCACGAGCUCCAUCACAAGGGAGCUACGAUAGAAUGCCAAGUUUGUCAAAAACGUUAUGUGCGGCAAAUAGACCUAGAUGUUCAUUUACGCACUCAUUCUGGAGAAUCGCCAUUUGUGUGUCACCUUUGUGGAAAAUCUUUCAUCCACAAACGUAUUUUAAAUAGGCACAUGCAGUACCAUGGAUAUUUCAGUUACAAGUGCGUGAUUUGUGGUUCUAAAAUAAUUGUAGUAUUGGUCUUGUCCCACCCGUGACAAAAAAAGGUAAAAGUUAUAUUCAAUUACAGAAGUUGCAGUUGUGUUUCAGGUUUGUUACAUAAUGUUAGAAAUUCAUUGCAAAUAUUUACCACAAUUGCAUUGUCGUUUCCACGUAGUUAGAUAAGAAUAAUUCAACAGAGAGGUAGGCCCCACCCGUGACAGCUAUGUGUGGGUCAGUUGUCAGAGGUAGGUUUACAGGGCUGCUAAGCUUAAUUUGUUUGUUUAGGUGGACGCAGGGGAGAAAGGCGGAAGCGCGGACUCGCCCAUUGCCUAUAUGCCAUUGUGGUCAGAUGAUCAAGUUAAGUGAGAUUUUGACCAGUUUUGGUUUUUUCUUUUGUUUAUUUAAUGUUCAUAGUUUUUUUAUAAAAUUCUAGCAUAUUAAAUAACCAGAACCACAUUAAUCCACAUUUUAAACUUCGUACAAAAAUUAGAAAUUUCAA